AUGUCAAAUACAUUUGUCUUCUAUUUGCUCUAUAUUUCAGUAAUCGGCGAUGAAAUUUUAAAAGGAUCAACUGCAGAUACGAACUCUCAUUUUUUAUGCAAAACACUUCGGAAUAAAGGCAUUGUUCUAAAAAAGAUAAGCGUUGUUGGUGAUGAUAUCAAUGAUAUUUCAAGAGAAAUCAAAGAGUUCAGCAAGAAUUAUGAUUUGGUUUUCACUUCAGGUGGAAUUGGUCCAACUCACGAUGAUCGAACGCUUAGCAGUCUUGCUACUGCUUUCAAUGAUGUUCUAGAACCGAGGAGGGAUUUUCAAGAAGGGAUUUUUAAAAAAAUCGUUCGAUCGGAUUCUGUUUUAGCAUUUAACGGUGCUUUAGAACAUAUGUGCAACAUUCCUAAAACUGCUGAAUUACUGUGGUCAGAAAAAUCUUCGUUUCCGUUAAUUCGAAUGCGCAACGUGAUUGUAUUACCUGGCGUACCAAAAUAUUGUAUUAAAGGAAUAAAGGAAUUUGAAGUUUGA